AUUCACAGAAAUGAGUCAGACUCGUAAAUUAAGAACACAAUCGACAUCAUCCAAAUGCGACUAAAAAGUGGCGUGAUUCGUACGCGACGCGUUCUCGCGCAUGUCUACUGUUGAGACCUUGGUUGAAAUAAAGCUCAAUAGCCGAGUCUUUUAAAACCAUUUAAUAUUUGUGCGACCAUCCUUGAUACACAGACGAAGCGUCAUCGCGUGCCCAAGAGGGCUUUAUAUUAAACAUGUAUCACAACAGCUCUCAGAAGAAAUUCUGGACUUACGAUAAAGAGGAAACCUUAGAUAAAUUAAGACGAGGAGCUAAUCGGAAGUUCUGCUCAAAAGCCAUGUCCAGUGGGAAGCCUGGAAUAAAUGAAUCCAUGUUUCUUGAGGAACAAGAAGAGAAAGUGCUUUUCAGACACUAUGAGAAGAGACUGCUAGACUUCUGUGCCAUGUUCAAGCCUGCUAUGCCUAAAUCUGUUGUGGGCACAGCUUGUAUGUAUUUUCGAAGAUUCUAUUUGAACAACUCUUUGAUGGAAUAUCACCCUCGGACGAUAAUGUUGACAUGUAUGUAUCUCGCCUGUAAAGUGGAUGAGUUUAAUGUGUCCAGCACUCAGUUUGUGGGGAAUCUUCAGGAGAGCCCGGUGGGCCAGGAGAGGGCUCUAGAACAGAUUCUGGAGUAUGAGCUGCUGCUUAUCCAGCAGCUCAAUUUUCAUCUGGUUGUUCACAAUCCUUAUCGGCCCAUGGAGGGCUUUCUGAUUGACCUGAAGACCAGAUACCCAUUGUUAGAGAACCCAGAGAUGCUGAGAAAGAGUGCAGAAGACUUUCUCAACAGAGCAGCAAUGACAGAUGCUGGACUCCUCUUUUCUCCGUCUCAGAUCGCCCUUACUGCUGUCCUUAACGGUGCAGCACGUGCUGGCCUCAAGAUGGAGGCAUAUUUGACUGAAUGCAUGGGGCUUAAGGAGGAUAAAGAGACCCUCUCAAAGAUGUAUGAGUCAAUGAGACGAACAACAAGUCUUGUUAAAGCAUACGAGCUUCCCAAAGCUGAGGAGGUCAAUACCUGCAAACAGAAACUGGAAAGGAUUCAUGCUGAAUUUGCUACAAACUUGAAAAGAAAACAUGGAUAUGAAGAUGAUGAUCACGUUGUGAAAAGGCAGAUGGUGGCUGAGGAAGAGUGGACUGAUGAGGAUUUGGAUGCAUUGUGACAAUGAAAUUGCUUUUAAAUUGGCAACAUCCUCAACAGGUUGUGUGAUUCCUUUUGGCACUUGCCAUAACUGACAGAGGAUGCACUUCUCCAACUGGAUUGUAAAUAUUUCAGCAAAAUGUCAUGUAAAGCUUUUUCUUUGUGAAAAU